GGAGCGAUCUUUUAUUUUGGGAUGCUUAUGUGGUCCGACAUGACACAUUGGUAUACUAAAGGCAUUGUCCGCUCGGAUGCAGUGCCUGUGGCCACAAGCUACGACGCCAACACGCGCACGAUUAGCGGGAUCUCUGCCGAUGGCUCGACUGAUUUACGAAUCUCAGUCUGGCCUUCUGCAAACGGAGACGGUAGCUUGGCCGCUUUUCUAGUUGAUGGAAAUCUUCAUUACAACGGGGUGACCACUCGCAUCGCUACAAACGAUUACAAUGCUGGUUCAGCUUGUCAAUACUACACCGGCGCGGAAGUGAUCAAUUUCAACCUUUGCCACAAGGGCGCGCCACGAUGCUGAAAAGGAGCUUGCGCGCUCCUCGAUGCAAUCUGCUACACUCCGUGUCACGCUCCUUGGGUCGCUGCGUUGUAUCGUUGCAUCCCCUCUGCUUCCGUCAAGCGCACCGACUCGCGAAUCUCUGCCUCUUCUUCGCUUCCGACGUUUUCAUCAUGAAGCUGAUCGGCGCACUUGCUGGCUUGCUCUCGCUCGGCGCCUUUGCAUAUGGCCAGCUUUCAUACAGUAACGCAAGGGUCAAUUGCAUUUUGCAGAUCAACCCAACCGGCACCCCGGACACCUCGCACAACCAGAUCUUCGCUUUUGGCUGGAAGUACUGGGACGAGUCGACGAACGCUUACAGUCUUGGUACAUUCUCAACGUUGGCCUACCCCUCUGUGGCAGUUGGAUACGAUGCCGAUCAGCAUUCCAUUCAAGCCACGAGCGGAAACCAGAUGUCAUUGAACAUCGUCAUGGUUCCGCUUGACGAUGGCACGUUCUCCAGCUUCACCGCCAGCGGCUUCGUCACCUACAACAACAAGGUGGUGACCAUCAAGCCUACAGACAUCGAUUAUUACGGUGCCGCAUGUACCAUGAAAACCAACGGAGGCUCCUACAACUUCAAUCUGUGCCAUACGGGCGCGGCACGAUGCUAAAGUCAAGAUGAUCGACAGCGCUGCUUGCAAUGCAUGCUAAUGCAUGGCGCGCGCGAUGCCGUGAAGGAGCCGUGAAGGAGGUUGCGGUCGCGCGUCGUUUGGGGCAAUCUAGUUGCAUCCCCGUGUUUCGCUCCUUGUCCGUCGCAUCGCCUCGUUGCCGGAUCCCUAUUCUUCUUCAACUGGGAUUCCCAUUCAUUCGCCUACGCUGCAUCAACAUGAAGCCAAUCAGCCUCGUUGGCUUACUUUGGCUCGGAGCUCUCGCAUAUGGCCAGGCAGUAUUGAGUAG